CACCCGGUUUUCCCCAAUGGCCUCCUCCUCCGCAGCCGCCCACCGCCUCCUCCACCGCCGAGCCAAGGUGGUCGUCAUCAUGGGCGCCACCGGGUGUGGCAAGUCCCGCCUCUCCAUGGACCUCGCCUCCCUCUUCUCUUCCGAGGUCAUCAACUCCGACAAAAUGCAAGUCUACCGGGGCCUCGACCUCACCACCAACAAGAUCAGCCGAGCCGAUCGCUACCGCGUCCCCCACCACCUCCUCGGAUCCUUCGACCCGGACGACGGCGAGAUGACCCCGUCGCAGUUCCGCUCCCUCGGCCACGCCGCCAUCUCCGGCGUUGCCUCCCGAGGGAAAAUGCCCCUCCUCGUCGGCGGUUCCAACUCCUUCAUCCAUGCACUCCUGGUGGAGCGGUUCGACCCGGAUGCAGACGUGCUCGGCGGGAUCGGCUCGCCGGCGAGCCCCGAGCUGUAUGACUGUUGCUUUCUGUGGGUCGACGUGUCGCUGCCCGUCUUGCAGGAGUACCAGUCGAAGCGCGUUGACGAAUUGAUCAACAUGGGCACGUUCGAUGAGCUCACUGGAUACUACGACCUGCGCCGGACCAACCCGGGGGGUUGGACCGGGCUGAGGAAGGCCAUAGGCGUGCCUGAGUUCGACCGUUAUUUCAUGAAAUACCCGCCGCCGAGGGGGUUUGGGCCGGGGGACGCGUGGUGGGAGGAGGAUGCGAGGGAGCGGGACAACGAUCCGGUGCGGGAGAGUGCAUACCAGGAGGCGGUAAGGGAGAUAAAGAAGAACGUGGGGCAGCUGAUAAGGCGGCAGAUUGAGAAGAUCCAGAAGCUGAGCAGGAGCGGGUGGGAGCUGCAUAUGCUGGAAGCGACGGAGGCGGUCCGUCUGGCGAUGGCGGCCGAGGAGAAGGGCUGCGGCAGGUCGCGGGACGUUUGGGAGAGGCAGGUCGUGGGGCCGAGCAAGGAGAUUGUGAGUCAGUUCUUGCAAGAGAAUUAG